AUGUCCCCUCCAUUCAGAUUUAACAUGCCAAUUGUUCUCUCCCCUGACGCAGCAGAUCAUCUGCUACAGAUAUUGGGAGACAGUGGACAGCUCCCACCCGCUUUGCAUGACUUGUAUCAAUAUUUGACUGAUCAAGCUCAUAUUCAAUGCUCGUUGUCCGAUACUCAUUCCCCCUCAUGCACACCUAUUGAUCAUUGCGACUCAAUUCCCAUUCCUCCUGUUACGCAUCUGCCACUUGAUUCAUCAUCCUCAACAACUGCUGGCGACAUUCUGUCCGAGUUACCUGCUGUCCGUCACCGAACACGAUCACACACUGAGGACUCUGGUUAUUCUGAUUCAUCCCACCCUACUAAACGAGCUCGUCUUUCUACAACACACGCACGCAAUGGACCGCCAGGCGAGUCACCUGAGCCUGGUGGAAAUGACAAUCGUAAUCGUGGUGCUGAUGAUGAUUGUAAUCGUGGUGCUAGGAGGUUGCGGUUACGAUUGCGGCGUGCUGCUGCACCUGGUCAGGACCCUCUGCGCCUUGAUGAUGGGGAGGAGGAGGAGGAGGAGGCAGUGGAGGAAAUGGAGGAUGAGGCAGAGAUGGAGGAAGGUGAUGUAGGCAAUGUGGCGAGAGCAAAUACCAGACGAGGUUCAUGGCGUCACCGUCACUACAAUGACCCCAAGAUCACAUGUAGCGAUGAAGCUGCUACGAUCAUUGCAGAACUUGCAUCCACUCACUGCAACUCAACCAUCCACAGUCCCCUGAGCUGGCUGCAGGAUAUCGCCAAUCAUGUACAGACUCCAUGCGUGGAGGACAAGUCACUGAUUUCGGUUGUAGUCCGAUGUCGAGGAAUCAUAAGUAAGGACAUUCGUGCCAACUUCCUCAUCAUGAUGAACUAUAUGACGCUGGUCUGCAAGUGCCAAAGCAUACACCUCAAGACUGGUCUUCGCUUGAAAGCAAUAUAUGACCAGGAAAUAAAGCUUUAUGGUUCUGCAGGAAAGAUCUCUUAUCGAACAUUUGCAGACUGGCACGCUAUUGGCAGCAAAUUUAUUGCUCUCGCCAGUGGCGGUUCCAUUUACAUACUGGUGCUCAUUGCAAGCUUAGGGCUCAGGGUCUCUAUUGCUUCCAUGCUAACUUCCUGUGAUCACCUCCUAAAGUUCUUUGACGCCAUCAUACAAAACUCAUUUGUACCACUCGCAAGAAACGCACGCGUUUGGAGGUUAUGUGUUGUGCCUGUACCAGAAAAAUCUAACAGAGUUCCGGUACAGAGCUUGAAUCACGACGUAUUCUAUGGUUCCAGUCGCGCUUAUAGCCCACCACUUUCUGAUGUUGAAGAAGAUGAGACGGUGCAUAUUGUCAUCAAGACCUCGUAUGAUCCGCUCGCAUUGGACAACAAGAGCUUCAAGGCACCAAGAAACAAGGCAGACAACGAUAUCUGGAGUGCUGAUGAAAGGUUGCGAGCUGAGCGGGGUGAGAGGGUAAGAAGUAUUGACGGUUUGCGGGCAAAGGUAUGGCUUGUGAAGUUGUAUCCCAAUGGUGUUAAGAGAUUGCCAGACACAUACUUAAGAAUCCCUAUGGAGAUUAUACCCAAUCAUCACUUGGAGCUGCAUUGCAAAGACGGUUCGCUGAUGGCAUUUGUGUCAAUAGCACUACCGAACCACAUCCGUUCUGUGCUCGAGGUAAAUCUCUUGUCUGCGUUGGAAAGGCCUGAGUUGCUGGAAGAUGUAGACACACAAUCGCCAGGGUGUCAACACUUUCAGGCGAUGCACUUGUCUUGGUAUAAUAAGCAUUGUACCUUGGGUAAUGAGGCCCCGAAGGAGGUUCAACCGUGGCUUCUAGAAAAAGAAGGCAUGCGUACAAACCACCAGCAGGUGAUUCCGUACAUAUCAAAGGAUUUGCGUGAACACCAACACAUCUACUCUACAAUCUCACAUGUAUAUGCGGAGCUCUUUGAGUGGGUAAGAAAAUUGAUUUAUGUUGACGUUUGGCAGAUGGAGAAUUUUUUGCAAGACGAGUUUGAGAUGCUGAUGGAGGUUGCAUCAAUCUUGCCUGGCAAUCACUGUCCACCUUUCGCUGCCAUUUAUAUCUUUGGUCAUCAACAUCAAUGUCAACCCAGCAAGCCUAAAGGGAAGGGAACAAGUUCACUUGCACCAGCACCCUCUAUUGCUAAGACCAGAGCACAAAGGAAACCAACUAAGUCCAAAGCGCAGGUGGCAGAAGACCAAUACGAAGAAUUCCUCAAGUAUCAAGCACAGAAGAAAAAGGAAGCUGAUUUAAAGCGUAAAGAAAAUGUCCGGAAGAAAGCUGAUGAUAUGUUAGAUGAAGAGAGUGACUUGGACCAGGCAUUGUUGUGUACAACAACUGUGGUUCCAGAUGACAGUGACAUGGAACAUAUAGAUGACGCUGAUCCUGCAGACAUUUUACCACCAGUUCUUCCUCCUAAAGAGAAGGUAUCUACACCUAGUUCUGAUUCUAGUGAUGAAGAUGGGGGAAAUGAGGGUAGUGGUGAUGAGGGCAGCAAUGAUGGUGAUGAAGAUGUAUCUGUGGAGGGCACAGGUGUUACAAGGAGAACCAAUGGGCUUACUCAGGUCAAGGAGGAGCCUCAGGAAGAUAAUGGAGAACGUGUUCGUAGGAAGAGAGUUCGUAAUGGUGAAGCGAAACUACCUACGACUUUGGCUUCCUUGAAGAAGGACGGCUGCGGACCCUUAGUCAAUCUUGCUCACCAGCUACUUCGCAUCAAGAUUGCAUUGGACUCCUUUGCAUGGGACUGCAUCAAGGAAGCGGUCAAGAUUCCAGACUCUCCCCUGAAGCCAAUGUUUGACGCAAUUAGUCAAGAUCCUGUUCUUAAGAAUAGAGCACUGGCUUAUGUGUGGUCCAGUGCUAGUCAGUUGAGAGGGGAGCUGGUUAGAAAGGCAAGAGAGAAUGUGAUUUUUCUAUUGCAGCAAAUGAAACCUAGGGAUAUUGCGGACAUAGCUUCCUGGCUGGUCUCUGCUAAAAAGGAUCCUUUUCUGUGCGGUGAACUGGAUCUCAAGCUGCUCAUCAGUCAAUUUUUUCAAGGAGCGAUUUCAGAAGGUCUGCUGUACAAAGACGAGUUUGAAAAACUUCCCGAUAAUCUUAUUGCACUGAUUGCUACAGCUGCUGAAUGUGGAUUCAAGGGUAUGCUCACAGGAUCUCCGGUCAUCAUAGAAUUCAAAGAGCCAGUCUUUCAACCAAGACACCAGUACUAUAUGCUGAAGCUUGCUGAAUAUCGCCAGAAAUCUCCCUUGUAUAUGGAAAAACUAAGGGAGGCUUGUCGCUUUGUAACUAGAGAGGAUGCAGAUUCUGGUUCUGAAUUGGAUUUUGAUGCCAUGGAGGCGUCUGCUAGAGUAGAAACCAAUGCUCCUAGUACUACUUCUGAUGUCCCAAACCCAUAA